AUGAACACUGAACGGGUAUUCCUUAUGAUGAUUCCUAAUAAAGAGCUUGAAUUUGAAUUCAUCCCGGGUACAACAGUGACAACUUCCCUAAAUUUAAAAAAUAUACACACUACUCCGGUGGCAUUUAAAGUUCGUACAACUGCACCUAAAUCGUACCUUGUUAGGCCAAGCCAAGGAAUCUUGUUCCCUGGAGAGGCCAAGGAACUAACUUUUUCAGUCUUUAUCGUUCAUUUUGAAGUAAAAAAAAUUUAUUUUUCCUUUAAAACUAAAAACUAGGUUUUUAAAUUUAUUUUGCCAUAUUAUAUAUAUAUUUAUAUUUGUGUAAGUAUAAUAAUGCAGCCUCUAUCUGAGCACCCAGGCGAAGUCUCUCAUCGCUUUCUUGUCCAAGCAAUUCCCACUCAACUUAAUCCUGCCACAUGCUCCGCUCAAGAUGUGAAUGACUUAUGGAACAAUGCAAAAGAAGGCUCCCAAAGCACAAAGCUUGGUGUAGCAAUUCUUAGUGAAAAAAGAAGUUUUCAGCCAAGAACCACAGUUUAUAUUGAUCCUGUGGAGCCUCAGCCUAAGCCAUCAACAGAGAAAGUUGAAGAAAUGAAAAAUCAAUUGCAUGACCAAGAAAUUUACAAUGCAAAACUAGAGGAGCAGCAAAAUGAGCUUGAAGCAAGGCUUAGAAAGCUAAAUGACGAUCAGAAGAGAAGAGAAUUCGAUCCUAAGAGGUCUACAACAGAGACUGCUGCAAAAGGUUUCGGGUUAUUCCAUGUUCUGAUGUGCUUAAUUGCGGGGAUUAUUGUUGGGUAUCUUUCAUCAGUUAAUAAAACUUAA